CGUCAGAGCAGAGCUCCUGCUAACGGCUCGCGGCUACCAGCUAGUGAUAUAUCGGUGUGCGUCCCUCUGCUUCGGACUGCCUCAUUAUUUUUUUCUCUUCACUAACUAGAAGUUAAAAUAAUCUUUAUUUGCUUUCUCUACCAUUACAUUGAGGGUUUUUUUAGGCUGUAAGGCUAAUGCCACAGAGCUAGCAGCAGCCAGCGAGAGAGCGACUCUAUCCAGCUUUCCUGGGAAGAGGGGGAGAAGUUUCCGGUGUUCAGACAAUAAUGCAGUGAUUUUACAUACGUGGCUCGUUGUCGACUCAAUAUUUAGACCCUUUAUCUUUUAUUUUGGACUCCAUAAAGUUGUACGACCAGCUAGAGAUGAAGAGAUAAAUUGAUGCUUGGAUUUAAACAUCUGCAAAGGAGAUGAGUCAGCUUUGGUGGCGAGCCAAGCGCCUGUCGGAGAGGUUGGGAAGCGACUCUCCUGAUGGCCUUCCUCCAGGCUCUCCGAGCACCGUGGCCCCCCAGGGGUCCAACUCUUCCUGGGCGCCCAUUGCCCCGGUGGUCCGACCCGAGGAGCCAAUCUUCCUCAUGACGUCCACUGCCCAGACUAUCUCCGGGUUCUUUGUCUGGACAGCGCUUCUCAUCACGUGUCACCAGAUCUACAUGCACCUGCGUUACUACAGCUCUCCAAAUGAGCAGAGGCAUAUUGUCCGGAUCCUCUUCAUAGUCCCCAUCUAUGCCUUUGACUCCUGGCUCAGCCUCCUUUUCUUCACCAACGAGGAGUACUACGUAUACUUCGACACAGUCAGAGACUGCUACGAAGCUUUUGUCAUCUACAACUUUCUUAGUUUGUGUUAUGAAUAUCUGGGUGGAGAAAGCGCCAUCAUGGCUGAAAUUCGAGGAAAACCCAUCGAAUCCAGCUGCAUGUAUGGAACCUGCUGUCUGUGGGGGAAGGCCUACUCCAUCGGUUUCCUCAGGUUUUGCAAACAGGCUACGCUCCAGUUCUGUGUGGUUAAACCUCUGAUGGCGGUCAUCACCGUCAUCCUUCAGGCCUUUGGGAAAUACAAAGAUGGAGACUUCAAUGUGGCCAGCGGCUAUCUGUACGUCACCAUCAUCUAUAACAUCUCUGUCAGUUUGUCGCUCUACGCGCUUUUCCUCUUUUACUUUGCCACGCGUGAGCUGCUGGUCCCUUACAACCCCGUGCUCAAGUUCUUCAUGGUGAAGUCUGUCAUCUUCCUCUCCUUCUGGCAGGGGAUGCUUCUGGCCAUCCUGGAGAAAUGCGGCGCCAUUCCUCAGAUCAACUCUGCCGAUUUCUCAGUGGGAGAAGGAACGGUGGCGGCCGGAUACCAGAACUUCAUCAUCUGCAUCGAGAUGUUCUUCGCUGCUGUGGCGCUGCGCCACGCCUUUACCUACAAGGUCUACAUGGACAAACGGCUGGACUCCUACGGCUCCUUUCCAAUCUACGGACAAUACGGUCGCUGCGCUCCGAUGAAGAGCAUCUCCAGCAGCCUUAAGGAAACCAUGAAUCCAGGGGACAUGGUUCAGGACGCCAUCCAUAACUUCUCACCGGCCUACCAGCAGUACACUCAGCAGUCCACGCUGGAGCGAGGCGGGGGGCAGUCCCUGUCCCGCAGCCACAGUAACGUCAGCGCACGGGGCGACAACGAGAAAACCCUGCUGCUCAGCUCUGAUGACGAGUUCUGAGACGGAGACCUCCUGUAAAGCCGUCACCAAUCUGUUCUUUUAUUUAAGCCUUAACAUGAAAUGUGGAGUUUAGUUUUUAAUUUGGAUGAGAAGGAGAGCUCAGAUUUGCAUUGAACUGAAGCAGCGACGGGGAAGGUGUUAGAGGCAGCGAGGAGUGGAACGUUGCUAACUGUGUCAAAGUCAGAGAGCAGCUGUGGUUGUUACGUUACAGAAGAGCUGUAAGCACCUCCUGAAUGGAUUAGUACAAAUAACCGUGCCUCCUUAUAGCAUCUGGUUAAUGCACUUUAGAUGGAAGAGCAGAAAACAUAAGCCUGAAAUAAGUGCCAUCUUUAUUUAAAACACACAGCUUUCUUAAUGUUUUUUUCUUUUUUACUUAUUUAAAAGAAUUGCCAAAAAAUCCGAGCUCCACUGAUUCCUAAGCUUAAUAGUGAAAGGUACAGAGCAUGAUCUGCUGGCUUUAGCUGUUUAAUGAUUGUUUUAUCACAACUUUUCUAUGUUAUGCUGUGGGUACAACUCAUUAACACACCGUUAUGUCGGACAUAUUGGGAAAAAUUAUAUCAUUUGUUGUUACUGUAGGUGUGUUUUCAAAAGAAGGUCAAUCCAGCUGUCUGGGACUCUAGUUUACGGCCCCUUCAGCCUGACAGAACAGCUGUAGCAGGAGACUACUGUUGUUGUUGUUUUUUUUUUUUUAUCUGGCGUGGGCGGAGGGGCAAGCGGAAGGACGGCGCCUACACAGAUUACAGAUUACAGAAGAAGCGCUGCUUCCUGCCGAGCUGGCCCAGCUGUGAUAUACUGGAGUGUGUAAUCUUAUAAUUGAUGCUAUGUUCAGCACAGAUCAGGCCUGCCCCCGCUGGUUCCUACAUGGAAGCGCAUUUCUACUGUAGUAGAUUCCAGAUUUACCACUAUGAUUAUUUUAGGGUAAAGUAAGGCUUUAACUGUAAGAGGAUUAAUAUUUCUAUGAAUGUUAUUUUAAGAGUUUGUUUAAAAUGUAAAAAAAACAAAAAGUUUUAGGAUUGUAUCAAGGCAGAAAAUUGUGAUUUCUGGUGUUUGCUGUCCUCUGCUGGCUUUAAGGAAAUCCUUAUUAACCUUUACAUUUUAGCCAUCACUCUAUAGGGUUUCUCAUGCCUUUGAAUGUGUAUCUUUGUUCAUGCAUUAUUCAAUCAUGGUUUACAUAUCAUUUUAAAUUGAUUAUUGUUAUAGAAAAACAAGGCACCUCAGAGUACAGCUCAUAUGAAUGAAUAAAUUUCAAAUGGGAAUUUGUGUGACUGGUGGGUGAGUAUCUUAUUACUGAGUAGGCAUGUUCUGAUCUGAUCCAAAGAGUCUCCAGCUAAACCCAGUUCCCUAUAGCUGCUCUUCUUCUGCUGUUAUUCAUUAAAACUCACAGCAGAUAUAAAUGUGGACAGCUUGCUAAAAUACACAAUGGUUUUCCUUUACAAAUGAAAUACUCUUUCUUUUCAAGUGACCAAAUCUGUGCUGUAAAUCUCAAGCAUGUGGUUGCAUUUAUUCAGGUAAUAAUGCCUAAAGUAAAGCCCCUACAUUCAAAAUAACUGUUUUGUUUGGAAGCCAUUAAUUGGAGCCCAGCUUAAAUGUGUCCAAAGCUGAAUUAUCAAUGAGUCCGAUCAAAACAGAGCUAAGAUGCUAGCGUUAGCCUAUCAUUUAGCUGCAUGUGAAGGCUGAUAUAUCAUGGAAAACAUUCAGCUUCAUGUAGAAAAUCUAACUGGAUUAAAUAUAUGUGACUUUCAACAAAUCUGAUAAAUACAGCAUUUAUAUUUCUGCUAAGAUGUCUUUAGAAUCACAAAAAUAAACCCUGAUCGCAAGGAUCGGAGAAUUAGGGCCACUAGAAAAAAAAAGUUAACUGAUUUUAAAAUUUUAUUUCAGUUUAGUAUGGGG